GCCUCAGUUGCGCCUCACGCCCCGGAGGGGCUGCACGUGUCCUCGAUCCCGCUCGCGACUUAUGUAACCAUCCGCACGGUGAGUCCGCAGCCUCCGAGCCCCUUCCACCCUCGCUCGCCUCCAUCGACCCCGCGACGCGACCCACGCGCGCUAAUCCACAACGUCGCGAAUCGCGAGCGUUCGCGGAACCGGCCGAUUCAUAUCGACUGAUAAGCUCACCUCCGACCCUCACGUUGUGCAAUAACCGUCAGCUGUGAGGUGACAUAAUCGAUGCAGUAAGCACCGGUGCUCGAUUCGACAGACAGCGGAUAUAACGAUUUAAUUAGAAUUUUAAAAUUAUAUAAAUCAACAAAAAAAGCGCCUUCAAUUAACCCUAUGAUAUCGUGAUAGAUAGAUUAAGUAAUAAUUACAAUAAGUGAACACAAGUGCCAAGUCGCGUUGUUCGGUGUGCCGCGCGUAUAUCUGUGAAUGCAUUUAGUGAGACAGUCAACAACUGUGACGUUUAUGGGAGCUAAUAAUCGGACUGUUUAUACAUUAUUAUCUAACAUUUGAAGCAUAGGUAUUUCGUGAACAGUCGGUGGUAGUCGGCCAGACUGUGCCCGGUCGGCAAGAUUGAGGUGGUGGCCGGGUGCGGGUGGGGUAGGCGCGCGCGCGUGCGGCCUCUGCACGCGCUGAGCCGCGCGGCCGGCAUGUUGGCAUCGCAGCGCUCGCAGUCGUGCAACGAGGAAGGCGCGUUCUUCGGUGCGCGCGCGCUGCGCCGGCCGCGCGGCAAGGGCAGCGGCAGUCCGCCCUGCUAGGGGUACGCCAUGUCGCUGCGCAGCCUACACCGGAGGCUCUCCUCCGCCAACAACACAUGCGAAGAUGGUGGAGGCGGCGCGGCGACAGGCACGGGCGGGCGUGCGGCGUCGCUGCGACUUGCGAACGGGCGGGUCGCAGCGCAGUCGGCGGAGCAGCUGCCGCACUCGCCCGCGGACUGCAACUCCGUGCGAAUUUCCAUCGACAACACCAACACUUGCUGCACCGACUCACUCGUCACAGCGCUCGAUGACGAGACCCUACUGCUUGGCGACGCCGAUAUGUCGCUGAAGCAGGGCAGCGGCACCGGCAAGGUCCACUUCGGUGGUUUGGACGAUGUGUCCCUGUACGGCACACCCGUGGAGCCCGCGCCCCCGGCCCCCGACGCCAAGCAGGGUUUCCUGCGCAAUCAGCUGCAGGCCCUCUUCCAGCCUACCGACAACAAAUUAGCCAUGAAGCUCUUCGGUUCCAAAAAGGCUCUCAUGAAGGAGCGCAUCAGGCAGAAGGCGGCAGGACAUUGGGUCAUCCAUCCGUGCAGUAGUUUUAGGUUCUACUGGGAUCUAUGUAUGUUAUUGUUACUGGUGGCCAACCUCAUAAUUCUUCCCGUCGCCAUCUCCUUCUUCAACGACGACCUUAGCACACGAUGGAUAGCGUUUAAUUGUCUAUCGGACACCAUAUUUCUUAUAGAUAUCGUUGUUAAUUUUAGAACAGGAAUAAUGCAGCAAGAUAAUGCAGAACAAGUGAUAUUAGAUCCAAAGUUAAUAGCGAAGCACUAUUUGAGGACAUGGUUCUUCCUUGACCUCAUCUCUAGUAUACCACUAGAUUACAUAUUCCUUAUCUUCAAUCAGGAUUUUAGUGAAAGCUUUCAAAUUCUUCACGCCGGUCGUGCCCUAAGGAUACUACGGUUAGCAAAACUUUUAUCGCUGGUUCGACUGCUCAGACUUUCCAGGCUCGUCCGAUAUGUAUCACAAUGGGAGGAAGUAUAUAUGAGCCCCGCUCCGCAGCCGAGCGACGAGCCGGGCGACGCGGACGGCGGAGGCUCGCGCGACCUCGCCUCGCAGAUCUUGCAGAAUCUUCAAAAAAAGCGCACGGAAAGGAGGGGACGACUCAGCUCCGACGUUGCAAAAAAGAAGGGUGACACCAAAAGCAAUCUGAUCUUUAAGUUCCUCAAUAUGGCAUCGGUGUUCAUGCGGAUAUUUAACCUGAUCUGCAUGAUGUUGUUGAUCGGGCACUGGUCUGGAUGCCUACAAUUUCUCGUUCCAAUGCUGCAAGGAUUUCCCCCUAACUCUUGGGUUGCAAUAAAUGAAUUACAGGAAGCCUUCUGGCUCGAGCAGUACUCUUGGGCACUCUUUAAGGCUAUGUCUCACAUGCUGUGCAUUGGGUAUGGCCGGUUUCCACCGCAGUCCCUUACAGAUAUGUGGCUCACGAUGCUUUCUAUGAUCUCCGGUGCGACUUGUUACGCUCUUUUCCUCGGUCAUGCCACAAAUCUUAUUCAGAGUCUCGACUCAUCACGCAGACAAUAUCGUGAAAAGGUGAAGCAAGUUGAGGAGUAUAUGGCUUAUAGAAAGCUACCUCGCGAGAUGCGUCAACGCAUCACAGAGUAUUUUGAGCACCGGUAUCAGGGAAAAUUCUUCGACGAGGAAUUGAUUUUAGGCGAAUUAAGCGAAAAAUUGCGAGAAGACGUUAUCAAUUACAAUUGUCGAUCGCUUGUUGCUUCGGUACCAUUUUUCGCUAAUGCUGACUCCAAUUUUGUCUCAGACGUAGUCACCAAAUUGCGUUAUGAAGUCUUCCAGCCGGGUGACAUUAUCAUAAAAGAAGGUACCAUCGGAAAUAAAAUGUACUUUAUUCAAGAAGGCAUCGUCGAUAUUGUGAUGGCAAAUGGCGAAGUUGCGACCAGUCUCUCUGAUGGAUCGUACUUCGGCGAAAUCUGCCUACUGACCAAUGCCCGGCGAGUUGCUUCCGUCCGCGCCGAAACUUAUUGUAAUCUUUUCUCUUUAUCUGUGGACCAUUUCAACGCAGUACUCGAUCAGUAUCCCUUGAUGCGGCGCACCAUGGAAAGUGUUGCUGCAGAACGGCUGAACAAGAUCGGUAAAAAUCCUAAUCUGGUUGCGCAUCGAGAGGAUGACACGACGUCAGAAGGGAACACGAUCAAUGCGGUCGUGAACGCGCUAGCAGCGGAAGCAGAGCACGUGAGCCUAUCGGACGAUAGCGUGGCGCGGCUAUCUGAGCGGUCACUAGGGCUGGCGCUACAGCCGCUGCAGGCAGCGUCAUGCCGUAUGGCGGGUGUGGCGCUACCGGGACUGGGCGUGGCGGCGGCAUUGCCGCGUCCCAAGUCCGAGCACGACUUCAGUUCGGCGCAGGCGCAACAGCCGCCGUUGGCGAGCGCCGCGGCCGCAUUCCACAAGUCGGACGCGGGGAUCGCCCCCUGACGCCGCACGCUGUGCUAGGCCGCGGCCGGGGCCGUGGCGUGUGCCGACCGAUAGCAAUACUAGGCUUAGUGCGAGCGCGCGCGGCGCCUCGCUAGUUGUAGCGUAGACACGAGUAUUAUAGCUGCGACUUCGCCGGGCGCGCGCCCACCGCGCCCGCUGAAUCUCAUUUUGUGAUCUUAUACUUAAUUCUCCUGUGUUAUAAUUUAGGUUAAAUUUUAUAUCAUUGACGCUGUGAGGAAAUGAAUACGCGACGUAUUCCGAUGUAUAGAUAUACCUGUUAUAUAUUGAGAAUGAAACUAUUGAGUCUUUAUAGAGAUACCUUGCCAUUAAAGAAAAAUAAUUAUAUAGACUAGACUGAAAUGUAAAGAUAUCAUAUUUUAUGCUUUGUUGGCGUACGAAAUAGGACUUUAUUGUUGACGGAUGCGAUGCAAUCGUUCUCGUAAAUACGAACGAUAUUGAUAAUUUAUAAUUAUCUCGAUAGUGGCGAUAACGAGGAUUUAUAAAAUAUUAAUUGUUAAUAAUUAUAUAAACUUCGGAGAGUAGAAAGAUAUAGAACCGUUGCGUAGCUGCGCGUUGCCUACGCCGCCUCAGAGCCGAUGGAACGGAUAAGUUAGUGCCAUAAUACUAGCGCGCAGCUCACGACGCGCGGUGUGCGCGCACCGCGCUCUGCACCGGCGACGCACAACACGAUGAACUUCACAAUUCCAUAGCACACGGACGCUUUCUUAAUUUUAAAUUUAAAUAGACUAACGACGGAUAUCAAACGUACCGUUGGUCUCGGUUUCCUAAGUAGAGGUGAAUCAGUAGAGCUUCGAAUCGUUUCUUUAUGUAAAUAUUGUAAUAUUAUCGAGGAUUCGCCAUUAGCGUGAUUUGUUUUAUAGAAGUGAUAAGGAGACGCUCGUACGAGCGAUCCAGUCAAUUAUCGCGUGAGCGCGACGCGAGACGUCUCGAUUUUCGAUGCACUACAACACUUCGUACCUUGUUUUAAUUGUAGGUCAAAAUAAUUUAUUAUCGAUAGUGAUCAUUUUGUAGGAGUAAGUAGGCAGAAGCGAUAACGAAUUCGGACGAAUUACGUUUUGUGAUAGAGCAGCAGAGGGCUGCGAGCGCGCUGCCUCGCCGCCGGCUCGGCGAUACUCAACACAUACAGACGACGUAGAAGUAGCCACAUGCAUGGAUAAUGCUUACACUUCUUUCUAACUUGAGACUUUGUUUCAGUUCUAUAUUUAGCGAUUUUUUCUGGCAACAGUUAUUGCGAUUAGUGACUAUGCAAGCGCUUCACGAACUUUUGAAAUUUCGUAGCAAUAAAUAGUUGAUCGCAACGAGUAACAUAUCCUACGAUUAGAGUAGAGUAGUCGUUGAGCCGACCGCCGCCGGCGCCGCAUCUUUGGCACGUUUUCAUCGUUGACUAAUUCUUAUAGUGUCAUGACAAUUUGUAAAGAAAAUUUUGCAAAUGUUGACUUUUUAGCCAAAAUAAUUAUAGUUAAUGAAUGACGAACCAAUACGCAGUAGCUUACUUGUAGAUGAAUGCAGCCUAGUUCUCAGUUUUGGCGACUAACACCAAUAGAUACUUUGUACUCGUAAGAUAUUUAUACAAUUGACCUUAACAGAGUGACAUCUGUCAAUUUAUCUACAAAGAGAAAAAUAUAAUAUUGCGUUUUAUCCCCAGAGGCAUUUAUUUAUUAUUGUUUUAUCUAACAUUACCGCUUUUGUAAAUUAUAUAAAUUUUAUAGGAGAGAUCUAUUUUUAUUGUGAAGUUGAACUGCUGAGUAUAAGCAAAGAAACAUAAAUAUAUAAAUCAAAACUUUUUUUUAUCGAAACUGUUAAUUAAUAUAUAGUUAAAUUAUACUGAUUUCUGGUAUCUAUUUUCACCAAAAGUGCUCAUCGCUGUCAAAAAAAUUAGAGGAAAUGCAUUAAAGAAUGAAGA